CGCAAGCGCCUCCUUGACGUUCCAGCCGAAGUUUUCGCCGCCCGGUGAAAGGGCGCAGGCGCCGGACGCAAAGGGGACUCAGACGGCCUCAACAUGGCGGACAAGGAGAAGAAGAAGAAGGAGAGCAUCUUGGACCUAUCCAAGUACAUCGAUAAGACCAUCCGCGUGAAGUUCCAAGGAGGCCGAGAGGCCAGUGGAAUCUUAAAAGGAUUUGACCCAUUGCUCAAUCUGGUACUUGAUGGCACUAUUGAAUAUAUGAGAGAUCCUGAUGACCAAUACAAGCUCACCGAGGACACACGCCAGCUGGGGCUGGUGGUCUGCAGAGGGACCUCGGUGGUGCUGAUUUGCCCUCAGGAUGGCAUGGAGGCCAUUCCAAACCCUUUCAUCCAGCAGCAGGAUGGAUAGCUCCAGGCUGUGUCCAGAUGUGCCCGGUAGCUGCUCUGUUGCUCCGUUGAACAGGGCUAUGAGGUUUCAGUUCGGCAGGGAAAUACCUUCUUUUUCUGAAAGGACUCAGUGACCUUCCCAUUACAACUUGCCAGCUGGGAGAGAAGAGAGACUUUUUUGGUGUAUUUUUUUUUCUAAUAAAAUUACAAAACAGAUCUUAAACAAAA